GAGGUUUCGGAUAGUGAAAGAGAAGCUGCAAAUUUCCCAAUUUUAUCAAAAAAUAGAAAUUUCAUAUUUUUUCAAAUUGAUUCUCUCCGAAACCAAAAAAAUAUCUUCUGAGAACUGCUACUGCUACUGUGAUCCAUGGCGGAGGAGAUGGCUGCCGAUGAAGUUACAGCUCCUCCUCGUACGGUUCUUAUCAUCUCCGCUGGUGCUAGCCACUCCGUCGCUCUUCUCUCUGGUGACAUUGUUUGUUCUUGGGGUCGAGGAGAGGAUGGACAGUUAGGUCAUGGAGAUGCAGAGGAUCGACCUUCUCCCACGCAACUUAGCGCGUUAGAUGGCCACCAAAUUGUUUCCGUUACCUGUGGUGCUGAUCACACUGUUGCUUAUUCACAAUCUGGCAUGGAGGUCUACAGUUGGGGAUGGGGUGAUUUUGGGAGAUUAGGCCAUGGUAACUCAAGCGACUUGUUUACUCCCCUACCAAUCAAAGCAUUGCACGGUAUUCGGAUCAAGCAGAUUGCUUGUGGGGAUAGUCAUUGUUUGGCUGUCACUAUGGAAGGAGAGGUCCAGAGUUGGGGGCGCAACCAGAAUGGCCAACUUGGUCUGGGGGACACCGAAGAUUCUCUAGUGCCUCAGAAGAUUCAAGCCUUUGAGGGAAUACGAAUCAAAAUGGUUGCUGCUGGUGCAGAACACACUGCUGCAGUUACAGAAGAUGGUGACCUAUAUGGAUGGGGGUGGGGAAGAUAUGGAAAUUUGGGUUUAGGUGACCGGACUGACCGCUUGGUUCCUGAAAGAGUUACAUCUGCUGGUGGUGAGAAGAUGUCAAUGGUUGCUUGUGGAUGGCGGCACACAAUAUCAGUUUCCUACUCUGGUGCAUUAUAUACUUAUGGAUGGAGCAAAUAUGGACAGCUAGGACAUGGAGACUUGGAGGAUCACCUUAUUCCUCACAAACUGGAAGCACUGAGCAACAGUUUUAUCUCCCAGAUUUCGGGAGGUUGGAGACAUACAAUGGCAUUGACUUCAGAUGGAAAACUAUAUGGAUGGGGUUGGAAUAAGUUUGGACAAUUAGGAGUCGGCAACAAUUUAGAUCAGUGUUCUCCUGUGCAAGUGCGAUUUCCCGAUGAUCAGAAAGUAGUUCAAGUCUCAUGUGGAUGGAGACAUACCUUGGCUGUCACUGAAAGAAAUAAUGUGUUUGCUUGGGGUAGAGGUACAAAUGGACAGCUCGGCAUUGGAGAGUCAGUUGACAGGAACUUUCCCAAGAUUAUAGAGGCACUGAGCGUCGAUGGAGCGAGUGGACAACAUAUAGAAUCUUCUAAUAUCGAUCCAUCUUCAGGGAAAAGCUGGGUGUCGCCUGCAGAGAGAUAUGCAGUUGUUCCUGAUGAAACGGGCCUAACUGAUGGUUCAAACAAAGGUAAUGGAGGUGAUAUCAGUGUUCCACAAACUGAUGUCAAGCGUGUACGAAUUUGAGCUUGAGACAAUUUCGUUUUUUUUUUCUUCCGGUUAUGGAUUCGAAGGUUUUUCAGUGAUCUCUUUGGGUUGAGGUUUGUAGUAAGAGUACGUCUGUCUAGUUUGGGAUUGUAAUUUUGUUGUUGUUGUUGUUGUUAGUUUGUAACUUGUGAUGCUUCCUUCUCUUGGCUCUCUUAUUACAUGGGCGUUUUAAACUGUCAACUGUGUGUGUACUACUUACUACUAGUCUCUAGGGUAUGUACCUUUUUUUUUUCCUCACCAUAAUAAUGCCUUCUUGUUCUAUAUCUUUCAUUUCUUAAAAAGCUUCUGUUUUUCUCUUCAGAAUACACCUUUAUGUUUUAA